AGAGCGGUGCGGGGCGGGCAGGGAGAGUCCCGGGGCGCCGAUUGGGAGUGGGAGGCGGCGGAUGGCGGGGGCAGCGUGGGAGCCGCGGCAUCGCGGGCCUGGGCAUGCCAAACGCCAGCGGUGGGGCUGGGCAGGGGGCACCCCCAAGCAUCCCCUGGGAGGGAGGAAACCCAAGCACCAGGGAGGCUGCGCAAGGGGGCACUGGGGCAUCCCAGGCAGGGCGCGGCACAGCCUCAGGGCAGCACCAGGCCUGCUGGGGGCACUGAUUUUCUCCUCCUCACAGCCCGACGGCACCUGCGUGCCCAUGGAGAUUGUGCUCAUGGAGAAGGUGGGCUCUGACUGCCACAACAUCAUCCAGCUCCUCGACUGGUUUGAGCUGCCUGACAGCUUUGUGCUGGUGAUGGAGCGUCCGGAGGCAUCGCAGGAUCUCCUGCAGUUCCUGCAGGAGCACGAGUUCCUGUGCGAGGGGAUGGCGCGCUGGCUUUUCUACCAGGUGCUGGAGGCCGUGCGGCACUGCACCGCCUGCGGCGUCCUGCACCGGGACAUCAAGCCGGAGAACCUCCUCGUGGCCCCGGAGAGUGGCGACCUGAAGCUCAUCGACUUCGGUUGCGGCACCUUCCUCCAGGAGCAGGUCUUCACGCGGUUUGCCGGUGAGCCCAUGGCCUGGGCCCUGCUCCCGGUGCCAGGCACUGCACGGCCCCGUUCCCUCCUGGGCUGCGGGCUGCGACCUUCAGCCGGCUGCCCUUUGGCACGGGGCAGAUGCCGUGCUCCAGGAGCCGGCUGCCGGCCCUGCCGACAGAGGGGGGCAGCAAAAGCCAGCUCCCGGCCCCUGGGCUCAGCAGGCCCACAAGGGCCUGGGCUGCUCCGCUGGCCUCCUUUGCCUUGCAGAAUGGCUUCUUGCCUUUGGCCAGCUGGCUGGGGGACGCGGGGUGGCCUCGGGGGGGAAGCUGUGGCUGCGGCUGCAGCCCCUGCCUCAGCCAGGAGGCUGGCGCCAGGCUCUGGAAGGCAGCAGCCUGCGCCUGGACAGCGCCGCCUGUCUCCCCUAGGAACGCACGCGUACAGCCCGCCCGAGUGGAUCUGCCUUGGCUGCUACCACGGCCAUGGGGCGACCGUCUGGUCCCUGGGCGUGCUGCUGUAUGUCAUGGUCUGCGGGAGCCUCCCCUUCAGGGACGACCAUGACAUCGUGCUGGGGCAGCUCUUCUUCUGGCAGCAGGUCUCUCCAGAGUGUCAACAUCUGAUCCAGUGGUGUUUGGCCAAGCACCCUGAGGACAGGCCAGAGCUGGAGGAGAUCUUGCGCCACCCUUGGGUGCAGGGCAGGCGUUUUUGAUGCCUUGCUGGAGCCUCUGCAGCACCCACUUUCUGAGUCCCACGCAGGACUGAGGACCCCACAAAUAAAACAACAAAUCCAA